AUGUACGUAGAUCAUGCAUUCUCGAUUUCCGAUGAAGACAUGAUGAUGGAAACAUCUUACACGGCCAACAACAAGCCGCCCAUCAAGGAGAUCGGUCUCGCCAUUGCUCUUCUCGUUUUUGGAACCCUCGGUAUCAUCAUCGGUUCCCUUAUGGCGUAUCAUCACGUCGGCGGCGACACCGCUCACGGUCUUUUCUUUGCAAUACUGGGAUCAAUCUUGUUCAUACCAGGCUUCUACUAUACGCGGAUUGCAUAUUACGCUUACAAAGGAUACAAAGGGUUCUCUUUCUCUAACAUACCUCCUGUAUAG